GGGAGGGAGGGAGAGAGGGGUUUACAGCUCUGAUAUUCUCCUCACUUUCAGAGACACAGACAGAGAGCAACUCCCCAGCGGGUAUCCUAACUGAGCCUAACUUUGACUGGAGCAGAAGUGACUGGGGCUCCAGGAAUCAGCACCGUGGACAGCGACGCACCGCGGCUCUCACACGCCGCUCAGCCGAGGGAGAGCGCGCAGAGCCCGGGCACCCAGCAGCUCUCUUCCCGGUCAGGAUACGAUGCUCUGCUGCCACGAUGGGUCGCAGUUUCUCCGUUGCAUAAUAGCAGCCAAAAAAUGCCCUUGACAUCAGUCUACCCAGAGUUGAUUUCAGCAUGACAGCGGCACAGGAGACUGAGCGAGCAGGGGGAGACUCGGCGGCCAAACUUACACCAGACUAAACCCUACAUGUUCAACUAGAAUUAAAGUGUCUUUGCCGAAACAUCAGACUUAAGUUCUUCACACUACAAUGGGGAUAAGGCACCUUUUGUUGCUGAUAAUAUACCUGGACCCGCUCUGCGUGCUGAGCGCCACUGCAGGCGGUAAAAAGCCCAAGCCGGCGCCCCGGAAGGCUCCCAAAGCCACGGCGGUCCCCACGGCCGUCCCGCAGAAGACCCCGCAGCCGGCGCCCGCCAGCAACCACGACACAUGCCUGGGCUACUACGACGUGAGCGGGCAGUAUGACAAACUGUUCGAGUGCAACAACACGGACCACCGGUACUGCUGCGGGACGUGCUACCUGCGCUUCUGCUGCGAGUACAAGAAAGACCGGCUGGAUCAGAAAGCCUGCAAGAACUACCAGACGCCGGUGUGGGUCCAGACGGCCGCCCCGUCCCCCAUCCCCACCGGGGAAACGUACGAUCCGAGCAUGGACCAGACCAGCACGGCGGUGUACAUCACCUGUGGGAUCAUAGCCUUUCUCAUAGUGGUGGGGGUGUCGGUCAAAGUCGCCUACGACAAAGCUACAGAGCCGCCUCAGGAAAUGAAUAUACACAGGGCCCUCGCCGACAUCCUGAGGCAGCAGGGGCCCAUCCCCAUCUCGCAAUACGACUGUGAGAACUUUGCAGCGAUGAACGGCUCGCCCAAAGACAACACGCCGGUCAGAACCUCAUCCAAGAACCACUACACCCCUGUUCACACCUCCAAAUCCAACCACGGUCUCCACUAUGGGAAGGAGAGCGUCCGAAGCAGUGGCGGCGCUGAGCUUCACAGCUUCAUCUCCUCUGGUUUUGUGACGUUGGGUCGAGGCCAUCCGAAAGGAGAUAACCAUUGGCCAGUCCGCUCCCAGAGUCACCAUGGUACCCAUCAGCACAACUAUAACCAUGUGGCUCUAGGUAGCCCUACACGCACACCUAAGAAUGCUCACCGAUCAUUGAGACGUGAAAACAAUCGGAUAAGUGGCAUCCUGACCUCGCAGACGGAGCCCUACGACCUGUCUUUCUCACGCUCCUUCCAGAGCCUGUCUCACCUGCCGCCCUCCUAUGAGGCGGCCAUCAAAGCCGACCUCAGCCGCUUCUCAUCCCUGAAGAAACUCACAGAUAAAGAUGUUGAUGAAUACUACACUCGUAAGCGCCACCUGCCUGACCUGGCAGCAAGAGGAACUCUUCCCUUGCAUGUUCUCAAAAUAAGUCAAGAACAGCACCGGGAACAGCAGCAGCAGCAGCUCCAGAGCCAGCCCCCGCAAUCCUCCAUCUCCCAGGCCCCUCCCCAGUCCCAGUCUUCACAGCAACAGUCUCAACAAAGGCAGAGGCCCCGUCGCGUUCAGAGGGCCAUGUCCCAGGACCGAGUCCUGUCCCCGCAGAGAGAUCCGCAGCAGGACUACAGCACGUCCUCUAAUGGCAUGUCCCCGUAUGGAGGCAGGAUCCUCUCAGACGAACAGCUCCUGUCCGCUGAACGUCUUCGAUCCCAGGAGCGUCUUUUCCCACAGGACCGUCAUACCUCCCAAGAUCGUCUGUACUCCAAGGACCGCAUGUACUCCAAGGACCGACUUCUAUCGCAGGAUCACCUCUAUUCGAAAGACCGCCAUUACUCUCAAGACCGCCUCUAUUCACAAGAUCGACUGUACUCACAAGACCGCCUCCUAUCCCAGGAUCCUCUGCUGUCGCCAGACAAGCUGAUGAUGUCACUGAAGCGUGGCAUGGUAAGCAGCAUCUCCGGCGGGUUUCAUGGCAGCGACAAGUCAAUGUCACGCGCCAUCUCGCACACAGACGUGUUCGUACCAACCACGCCUCUUAUGGACCGCUACAAGAUGACCAAAAUGCACUCCCAUCCCACUGCCUCCAACAAUGCCGGUGGCAGCGGGACUCUGGGAGCGGGAGGCAGCGGGCACUCCAACACUUUAGCCAUGAACCAGACAGCAACCAAGAGGCAGGCAUUUGCCUCCAGACGGACUCAUACUAUGGAACAGCUCCACUACAUCCCACCGCAUCACCAGCAGCAGCAGCCGCCACAGCCGCAGCCGCAGCACUACCGCACAGGCAGCAAGACGGAGGUGACUGUGUAACGGCAGCCUGCUGUGUGCCAGAGGUGGGGUCGAUAGAGGUACGUGGGUACACUGUCCUUCUUUUAGAGUAGGAUGGUGGCAACUUCCCUUUCUUUGACUGAAGUUCCUGCAAAGUCAGAGAUUCCAGGACCAAGAACAUCAGCAAGCUUACUGUGAGAGACCGGAAAAACGAGCUACACUGUACACAGCAUACACAGGCCCUGUUAGAUCUGAAGCCAGAGAGGGUCGUGGUUGGGGGAUGGAUGGUAUUAUCCAGCUAACUUGCCUAUUAUUUUCCACUGUAAUUGUUUCCACUUGAUUACCCUAUUCAUCCACAGGCUACAGCCUCAUUCUGUGUGUGAUUUAGUGAGAAAACACUGAUUGUCUGUUUUAGCCUUUAUCGGCCCACUUUGUCCAACAAAUCUAUUCUGUGACCUUUUCUGGCGAAUCUCAAAGGGCUUUGCAUGGUUAAACGCAUAGACUGACUUCUCUGUGACUUCUGUUGUGCAACACAACACCAUCACAGGUGAUGAACAAGGUUGAGCCUGUAAUAACUUUAUAAAUAUAUAAAUAAAUGAAUAAAACAAAACCAUUUGUACGCCCUGUCCUACUCAUAGCUCUAGUGAAUCUCAAUGAGAGAAAUUGAAAUGGAUGUUAUUAGCACUUCUAUUUGGUGCCUCCGACAGAUGUUUCAUUUCUAAAAACGAAGUGGUUUUGUGGGUUACAAAGCACAAUCAAAAAAAUAUUGUUUUGUUUUUGAUUUGUUGAGUUUGAAUAGUGACAGCUAGCUUGUUUUGUUCUUAAAGCAAUGGCAGGUUUUUUGUUGCUUCCAAUAGAAGAUUGUAAAUAAGCUAUUCUAGAAGCAGUAUUAUGGACAAGUCUGUACUGGAUGGACUUUGUGUUAGACUGUCUGUUUUCAAUAGAUUCUUAAAGAACAUCUAUAAAUCAUCACUGUUUUGUGAGUUCAGAAUAGAAACCCACUUAAACAAGUAUUUGACAGGAUCAAUUAAUACUAUACUGUGUGUCUUGUAGGACGAGAAGUGAAUGAAUGUGUUGUUAACUGAUAUACCACUGUUCAUAUUUUGGAUGUAGACUGUGUUCCAUUGACAUCAGACGUUGAACAUCAUGGAAAUGGAUUAUAAUGCUUGUUAUAGUAGGGUCAAAUAAACCAUCCAUAUUUUUCUAAACAUUCAA